UGAUCACAGAGUGAUUUCGUGCGUGUCAAAAUAUUUUUGUUUUGUUCCUCAUUAAUUUAUUUUAAAGUCGCUUAGAAUGUGUGCUUAAUGUAAUGUUUUUGAUUAAUUUUAAUCAUUCUUUAUUAUUAGUCAUCCAUAGUCCACGUUGCAAUCAUGUUUUAAUGAUAAAAUCUUCAUAGUGGCCACUCACUGAUCGUCAUGUCCGACUGUGCGUUAGUGACUAAUGUUAACGAACACGAUGCGAGUAUGGACGUGGGGAACGAUAAAUCUCUCUUUGAACCUACAGUGGAUAUGAUGGUAAAUGAUUUUGAUGACGAAAGAACACUAGACGAAGAAGAAGCUUUAGCGGCGGGUGAGCAGCAAGACCCUAAGGCUGAGUUAAACAGUUUACAAAGAGAAGGGGAUAUGCCCUUGGAAGAAUUGCUUGCUCUUUAUGGUUACGAUAGAAAUAUGGAUAAACCGGUAGUAGAACCUACACCCGAGGUGGUGCCUGAGGAAACAGAGAAACCAGAGUCAGCACUCCAGCAACUGUAUACCGAAACUACUAGCCCUGAGGCAACUAGAUGCCUUCGGUCUGGUUCAAGACCUCCAUCUGAGGAGGAAGAUGACUAUGACUAUAGUCCAGAUGAAGAUGAUUGGAAAAAGACUAUUAUGGUUGGUAGUGACUACCAAGCUGGUAUACCAGAAGGUCUUUGCAGUUACGAUGAUGCGCUACCAUAUGAGAAUGAGGAUAAACUACUAUGGAAUCCAAGUGUUUUAGAGGAAAAAGUUAUAGAAGAAUAUAUGAAAAAAGUUUGUGCAAUGAACUCUGGUACAGGAGUGGAAGCAGUUCCUAGAGGUAAGCAGCUGCGUGAUGAUGAGGAGGCAUUAUUUUUAUUGCAGCAAUGUGGACACAAUGUGGAGGAAGCAUUGCGAAGAAGACGAAUUUCUGCUCAAACUCCAGCCCAUGCUAGUUUAUGGUCUGAGGAGGAAUGCCGUAACUUUGAAAAUGGUCUCAAAGCUCAUGGUAAAGACUUUCAUUUAAUACGGCAACACAAAGUACGAACAAGGUCAGUUGGUGAAUUGGUUCAAUUUUACUACAUUUGGAAGAAAACUGAGCGACAUGAUAUUUUUGCAAACAAAGCACGACUUGAGAAGAAAAAGUAUACUUUGCAUCCAGGUCAUACUGAUUAUAUGGACAGAUUCCUUGAGGAACAGGAGGCUUCUGGAGGAGGAGUUGUAAGACCUGCAUCACCAUCACCUAUGAUGGUAUAUGCGCCUUCUCCGGCUGCACAGCCAGACCCCUUAGCAUUGGGAGAAAAAGAAGUUUUUUCCCAAAUGAAUACACAUACAACCUCCCCACGAGUGCUUUCUACGGAGGAUCAAGAACAGGAAGCAGGUUCCUAAUACAUGUAUUUGGCAAUGCCAUUUAUUGUAGAGAGCACUGUUUGUAUUAAGAAUUUGUUACAUAAUUAGAUAUGUUCAAACACUUAUAUUUUGUUCAUGCAUGCAAUGCCCAUGAUAACUGUGUUCUUUACUCUUAUCCACAGGGUUUAAAACCAUUUAUCUAAGUGGUAUAUUUGAACACUGUAAUCACAUAAUUUUAUACUUUAGGUUCAUUCAUGAUUUACAUCAAAAUAUUUUAAGUACAUCUUUUUUAACUGCUGGUCCUUUGUCUGAAAAAUUAAUAUUUGAUCUUUAAAACUGAAAGUUGUUUGAUAAAAUAUAAAUAUCAACUCUGGAAGGCAAACACAUAGUAAUCUGCAAAACCAAAAUGGACAUUUGAGAGGGAAAUCUUAUAUCUUAUUAAUCUUAUUUCCGUAUAAAUUGACUAAGGAACACCGUAUUUGUUACCAUGGACGUUUAUAGGAAUUAUUUAUCGAAAAAAUAAAUGUUUUUCUGUUCUUAACAUCACUUGGUUUUGUGGGUUAUGUGUUUGUUUUCCAGCGUCCAUAUGUUUAAAGAUAUUAAAAUUGAUUUUGCCAUAACAUAUGACAUAAUUUAUAGAUGAUCCUAAAUGUGCAUUUACAUGAGGUGAAGACUUUCUUGUAGCUGUAGAAUUAUGUAAAACAAGUAUGCACCAGCCAGUGCAAAGCAUCCACAAGAAAGAUUUUGUCUCAUCUCUGAUUGGUAUAAAAAUAAUUGUAUUUGUAAUUUAAUAAUGAUUCCUACUACAUAUAUGAAAUUAUCUUAUGCAAUAAUGAACUAGUACAAUAAUAGAUUAUUUUUACAAUUAUUAAAAUAUUGGUACCAAUUCUGUUGUCCCACUCUCCGAAUUAAAUUAAAUAGUAACCUUAAUUUGGAUUUGUUUUUAUGUACACAAAUUCAAUUAUACAUUCUUCUGUGUACUAACAUUAUAAAUUUACUUCUAUUAUAUAUUAACUUAGUUAUUUUCACAUUUGAAAAUGCAGUUUGGUGAGACUACACUUUGAUUUA